AUGAUAUAUUUAUUAAAAACUAAAAUUAAUAUAUGGUUUGCUAUUUUUGUAUUUGUAAUUUUAAAAUAUAAUACAUUAGCAUAUAAUUUAGAUGUUAAUAAUGUUAAAAUAUUUAAUAUUCCUAAAACUUUUAAUAAUCAACGAGGAAGUUAUUUUGGAUUUUCUGUUGCACUUUAUACAGAAGGACUAGAUUCCAUACUUCUUGUAGGUGCUCCCAGAGCAAAUUCAAGCACAAUAAAAAAUGUAAUUGAACCAGGUACUGUAUAUCAAUGUUCAAUUAAUAAGACCUGUAAGGAGUGGAUUAUUGAUAAAAGUGGAAAUAGUGAAUAUAGUGAAUGGAAUCAAAUUAAAGAUAAUGCCUGGAUUGGUGCAACAAUUGCUGUAGAAAAUAAAACCAAUCCUAGAAUUGUGGUUUGUGGUCCACGAUGGAAAAAAAAAGAUAAAUAUAAUUGGUACAUGAAUGGUAUUUGUUAUUUAUUAUUAGUUAACAAUAUUAAAUUUUUUGAAAAUGAAGUUGAAAACAAAAUUUUAUCACUUUCAAAUUAUUCGAAUUUUACAUAUCCAAAUAAUAGAAAAGUUUAUAAUUUUGAAAUGAGUCAAAUUGGUUUUUCAAUAAAUAUGGUAUCUAUUGGAUUAAAAUGGUAUUUAAUAUUAGGUAGUCCUGGUAUAUUUAAUUGGAAAGGCUUACCUUUAUUAGUUAAAAAACCAAUUUAUGGGAAAAUACAAUUUAUAAUUCCGUCAACUAAAAAUGAAAAAAGAAUUCGUGAAAAUAGUUAUUUCGGAUACGCAGUAACAUCUGGUUAUUUUAUAAAAGGAGAAUUAUGGUUUGUUUCUGGUGCUCCAAAAGAUUCAAAUAUGAAUGGAAGUGUUAUUAUAUUUACUUUUCCUGAAACUAAUAAUGCAAUAAUAAAUAUAAAGAAAUUUUUAAGAGGUGAACAAUAUGGAGAAUAUUUUGGUGCUGCUUUAACAUCAUGUAAUCUCAAUGGUGAUGCUGAAGAUGAAUUAAUUGUUGGAGCACCAUUAUGGUCAAAAAAUAUAGAUGAAGGUCGCAUAUAUGUAUAUACUGCUUUAUCUAAUGAAAAUUUUAAAAAACAAUCAUUUGAUGGAAAAAUAUCUGAAAGUAGAUUUGGUUCUACUAUAUCUUGUCUUGGUGAUAUUGAUUAUGAUGGUUAUAAUGAUAUUGCUGUUGGUGCACCAUAUGAAGAAGGAACUGGUGCAAUAUAUAUAUUUAAUGGCAAUAGUAACGGAUUACUUAGACAUUAUAGUCAAAAAAUAAUUGGAAAACAAUUUGGAAAAAAUAUCCGUGGAUUUGGGAUUUCAAUUUCAGAACCUCGUGACAUAAAUGGUGAUAAAUAUCCUGAUAUUGCAGUUGGAGCUUAUUUAUCAGAACAAGUUGUUUUAAUAAAAUCAAAACCUAUUGUAACAGUAAUUACACAAUUGAUUUAUGAAGAUAAAAAAUUAUUAAUAAAUUCUUCUUCUUUUUUAAUUAAUAUAUGUACAUAUUAUGAUGGAAUAAAUGCUCCUAAAUUCCUUCGAGUUGUUAAAUUUUUGAAAAUCGAUGAAAUAUAUGGAAGGGCUUAUUAUAAUACAGAAAAAAAUAAUAUUAAUAUUUAUAAAUUUUCCGAAACUUUAUAUAAAUCUAAAAAUUUAUGCAAGAAAAUUGAAAUACAUUUAAAGGAAAAUAUUCAAAAUAUAAUAAAUCCAAUUGAAAUAUCUGUAAAAAUUAAUUUAGAAAAGAAUUUAAGUAACAAUGAGAGAAAUUUGAAUUUUUUUUGUACAUCUUGUGCAAUCAUAAAUAAAUUACUUUCUAAAACUGAAGAUCUAAUAAAAUUACCAUUUGCUGUAGACUGUGGUGAAGAUAAUAUUUGUACUUCAGAUGUGAAAAUAUUACUUUCAACAGAUUUAAAGUCUGGUAAUAGAUAUAUCAUAGGAUCUGUAUUUACUACUAAAUUUAAAUUAGAUGUGUUUAAUAAUGGUGAACCUGCAUAUCAAGCUAAAAUAUACAUAUAUAUACCAAAAAUAUUAUCAUUAGCAAGUAUACCAUCUUUAUGUAUAGAAAAUUUUUAUAAAAAUAAUACUUUAGAAGUAAUAUGUGAUCUUGGAAAUCCACUUAAAAAAAACAAAAAAUUAAUAUUAAAUUUGGAUAUGAGUAAAGUUCAAUUUGAUAUUGACCAUGUACAACUAUGGACCAAUUUUAGUACACAAAGUGAACAAAAAAAUUCAUUAAAUAAUAUAAAUAUUUUCACUAUAUAUUUUGAUACUGAUAUUGAUAUAGCAAUAACAGGGAAAGCCCAACAUGAUUUAUAUUCAUAUUUUUUUGAAAAUGAAGAUAAAAAAUUAAACAGCAUUCAGUUUCAACAUAUUUAUGAAAUUCAGAAAUUUGGUGCUAGUCCAAUUAAUCAAGUUAUAUUAACAAUUAGUAUUCCAACUUUCUGGAAGCAAUCUAUUGGAGAUAUACAAAUUAUCAAUAUAAAUGACACAACUUGCAGCUACAUAGAUAAUCAACCAUUUCAUUGUACUUAUUUAAACUCCACAGUUUCAACUGCUUUGAUUGAUAAUUUUAAAAUUUAUACUGCAAAUACUGAAAAAUACACAGAAAAGUUUAUAACAGAUUCUAAUUUUUCUAUAAAUUUUCCACCUAAAAAUAGAUCACUUUAUGUUGAUUGCAUAAAUGACAAUAUAAAAUGUACAUAUAUUAAAUACAAAUUAGGCCCAUUUUUAAAUUCUUUAUCUAUUGCAAAAAUUUCACUUAUAUUAGAUUUCUAUUUACCUAAUUUUAAAUCAAUGAUGGCAGGAAAAGAUAUCAUAUUUUUUCUAUCUAGGGGAAAUGUUAAUAUUUUGGAAUCACAUCAUAUUAUUCAAAAAAUUGGACAUAAACCUGAUAAUGUUAUUGUAGCUACAAUGUUUUUAGGUUCACUAAUAACUGAACAAAUUGCUACAUGGAUUAUAAUUUUAUCAAUUUUCUUAGGAAAUUUAUUAUUAAUAUUGCUAAUUUUAAUAUUACUUAAAAUCGGAUUCUUUAAACGAAAAAAAAAACGAGAAUUUGAAAUAUUAAAAUUUGAAAAUGUAAGUUUCUUGAAACAUUUUAAUUGUAUAUUAUAAAUAUUUAAUAUUCUUGUUACAUUACAGAAAAAAACAUAGAAUUAUAUUGGAAACAUGUUCAUCAACAGAAGUUUUUCAUCGAGAAUAAAUUUAUUAAUUUGUUUUUAUAAUAUAUAAUAUAUACUUUAUAACAUAUAUAUUUUAUUUUUUAUAUAUUAAGAAAAUAAAAUAAGUAACAAAGUAUUUUGUAUUCUAUUAACGCAUUCAAGUUAUAUCGCUAUUUUUAUAAAAAUAUAAUAAAUCUUAAAAAAUAUCAACUUGGCUAUAAAGCUUAAAAAGAUUUUAUUACAAAUAUUUUAUUUUAUUCUGUUUAUAAUCGAUCUAAGAUAUAUAUUAUUUAUUUAUGAAAACAUAAAUGAAGCGGAUUUAUUUUAAAUAAAUAAUCUUAUAUUUACAAAAAUAUCAAUUUUGUUAAUAUGAGAUUCAAGCAAUUGUAUUUCUUGUUAUUAUUUACUAAAAUAUUCUAUGCCAAAAAUAUACUUAGCUGCCUUUUAAACAUUCCUAAUAUAUUGUGCACAUUUCAGUUAGUAAUAUUUAUAAUAGAACUCAUUUUAUAUUAAAUAACAAUAAGAGAGCAUAAUUUUUAUCAUAUGUGAAUUUAUAUUUGAACUUACUUUAGUCAUCCAAACCUAGGCCUUUUGAAAUUUCUUCUGCUGUUAGAUUAUGUCCUGAAGAAGAAUUAUUUGUAGAACUAUCAGAAGGUUUCAUAGAAUUUGAUGUAUAACUUGAUGGAGGUGUCGAAUGAUUAUCUUCAAGAGAUUU